CGCGGACGGGCACUGCAGUCGGCGGCCAUCUUCUCUCCUAAGGCGGCUGCUUCCUAGUGCAAGUGCGGGAGUCAACACCCUUUUUCCGGGCGCCCCUUGGCUUCAGCGGCGAACAGUGGGGGAGACUUGAAUGAGGGGGGAGGUGAGGAAGGGCUGCAUCCUCCAGUGUCACCGUCCCCGUCCUCAUAGUCGCCUCGGUCGCCCCUUACCCAUCCCAGAGGGCAGACGCUGGGAGAGCAGGCAGAGCCACUGUGGGAAGGGAGGUCUCAGGCACGGAAUCAUUUUUCCGCCAGCAGCAGCCGCAGCAGCCGACGUCGUCCUCCUCUUCAGUGCCUGGGGCUGGGGCGGCGGUGUCACGCUCCCUGCGCCUCUCCUCCCCCGGCGUGACCCUCUCCGCCCCUCCCCCGUGUGUUCCUGGCUGUAUUUAGGGGUCGGGAUCUCCUCCUAGAUGGGAUAAGCUGUAAAGAUGUUUAGUUUUGAAGGGGAUUUCAAAACCAGGCCCAAGGUGUCCCUUGGAGGAGCAAGUAGGAAGGAAGAAAAGGCUUCUCUUUUACAUCGUACUCAGGAAGAAAGAAGAAAGAGAGAGGAAGAAAGGCGAAGAUUGAAAAAUGCAAUAAUUAUCCAGUCAUUUAUUCGAGGCUAUAGAGACAGAAAACAGCAAUAUUCCAUCCAAAGAAGUGCAUUUGAUCGUUGUGCUAGUUUGUCACAAUCUGGUGGCACUUUUUCCAUUGCUAAUGGUUCCAACCUUACCCUUUUGGUAAGGCAGCUUCUGUUUUUUUACAAACAGAAUGAAGACUCCAAACGUUUGAUAUGGAUGUAUCAGAAUUUAAUUAAGUACAGUUCAUUGUUUGUCAAGCAGUUGGAUGGAUCUGAGAGACUAACAUGCUUAUUUCAAAUCAAGAGGUUGCUGAGCCUGUGUUGCAGUUUACUGCAAAAUUGUAAUGAUGACAAUUUGAAUGUUGCACUUCCAAUGAGAAUGCUUGAAGUAUUUUCAUCUGAAAAUACUUAUUUGCCUGUUUUACAAGAUGCUAGCUAUGUGGUGUCAGUAAUUGAACAAAUUUUGCACUACAUGAUUCAAAAUGGGUAUUAUAGGUCUCUCUAUUUGUUAAUUAACAGCAAGCUUCCAUCAAGUAUUGAAUAUUCUGAUUUAUCUCGAGUUCCUAUAGCAAAAAUUUUGCUAGAGAAUGUUUUAAAACCAUUGCACUUUACUUACAACUCCUGUCCAGAAGGUGCAAGGCAACAAGUUUUUACAGCCUUCACAGAGGAGUUUUUGACAUCACCUUUUACAGAUCAGAUUUUCCAUUUCAUCAUUCCAGCCUUAGCAGAUGUACAGACUGUUUUCCCUUAUGAACCCUUUCUGAAUGCACUGUUGUUAAUAGAGAGUAGAUGUUCAAAAAAAAGUGGUGGAGCACCGUGGCUUUUCUACUUUGUUUUAGCUGUUGGCGAAAGUUAUGUGGGGACCCUCUCUGAGGAAGGACUGCUAGUGUAUUUGAGAGUACUUCAGACCUUUCUUUCUCAGUUACCGGUUUCAACUGCCAAUGCAAGCUGUCACGAUUCAGCCAGUGAUUCUGAAGAUGAGAAUGAGGAAACAGACAAGCAGACAAGCACUCCUGAGGAUGGUAGAUUGACAAUACCUUAUAUAACUGAGGAAUGUCUGAAAAAGUUGGAUACGAAACAGCAGACAAACACUCUAUUAAAUAUGGUAUGGAGGGAUUCAGCUAGUGAAGAAGUAUUUACAAUGAUGGCUUCCAUCUGCCAUACACUAAUGGUACAGCAUCGAAUGAUGGUACCUAAAGUCAGGCUUCUCUACAGUUUAGCAUUUAAUGCCAGGUUUCUGAGACAUCUUUGGUUUCUAAUAUCUUCUAUGACAACACGGAUGAUCACAGGGUCUAUGGUACCAUUGCUUCAGGUGAUAUCAAGGGGUUCUCCUAUGUCUUUAGAAGAUUCUAGUCGAAUCAUCCCACUCUUUUAUCUUUUUAGCUCCUUAUUUAGUCAUUCGCUAAUUUCCAUACAUGAUAAUGAAUUCUUCGGUGAUCCCAUAGAAGUUGUAGGUCAAAGACAAUCAUCAAUGAUGCCUUUUACUUUAGAAGAGCUGAUAAUGUUAUCUCGAUGCCUUCGAGAUGCAUGCCUAGGGAUCAUCAAGUUGGCUUAUCCGGAAACAAAACCAGAAGUUCGAGAAGAAUAUAUUAUAGCAUUUCAAAGUAUUGGAGUUACUACUAAUUCUGAAAUGCAGCAAUGUAUACAGAUGGAACAAAAACGAUGGAUUCAGUUAUUUAAGGUUAUCACCAAUCUAGUGAAAAUGUUGAAGUCCAGAGACACUAGAAGAAAUUUUUGUCCUCCAAAUCAUUGGCUUUCAGAACAAGAAGAUAUUAAAGCAGAUAAGGUCACCCAACUCUAUGUACCAUCAUCUAGACAUGUAUGGAGGUUCCGUCGAAUGGGAAGAAUAGGUCCAUUACAGUCUACCCUUGAUGUGGGUCUGGAGUCACCACCACUUUCUGUAUCUGAGGAAAGACAACUGGCCAUUCUAACAGAAUUGCCUUUUGUAGUUCCAUUUGAGGAACGAGUAAAGAUCUUUCAAAGGUUGAUUUAUGCAGAUAAACAAGAAGUUCAAGGAGAUGGUCCUUUUCUGGAUGGAAUUAAUGUCACAAUAAGAAGAAAUUAUAUUUAUGAAGAUGCUUAUGACAAACUUUCACCAGAAAAUGAGCCUGAUUUGAAAAAGCGGAUUCGUGUGCACUUACUCAAUGCCCAUGGCCUGGAUGAAGCUGGCAUUGAUGGUGGUGGAAUUUUCAGAGAGUUUUUAAAUGAACUACUGAAAUCAGGAUUUAACCCCAACCAGGGGUUUUUUAAGACUACUAAUGAAGGGCUUCUAUACCCCAACCCAGCUGCUCAGAUGCUUGUUGGAGAUUCUUUUGCCAGGCAUUACUACUUCCUGGGCAGAAUGCUUGGAAAGGCUCUGUAUGAAAAUAUGCUGGUGGAACUGCCCUUUGCUGGCUUUUUCCUCUCAAAGUUGCUUGGAACUAGUGCAGAUGUGGACAUUCAUCAUCUAGCUUCUUUAGAUCCUGAAGUUUAUAAGAAUUUGCUUUUUCUCAAGAGCUAUGAAGGUGAUGUGGAAGAACUUGGGCUGAACUUUACUGUGGUGAACAAUGACCUAGGAGAAGCGCAGGUAGUUGAACUGAAAUUUGCUGGAAAAGAUAUUCCUGUCACCAGUUCUAACCGAAUUGCAUAUAUCCAUCUUGUAGCAGACUACAGACUAAACAAACAAAUUCGCCAGCAUUGUCUGGCUUUCAGACAGGGUCUGGCAAAUGUUGUUAAUCUUGAAUGGCUCCGAAUGUUUGAUCAGCAAGAAAUUCAGGUAUUAAUUUCUGGUGCCCAAGUUCCCAUAAGUCUAGAGGAUCUAAAAUCCUUUACAAACUAUUCAGGAGGCUAUUCUGCAGACCAUCCUGUAAUUAAAAUCUUUUGGAGAGUUGUAGAAGGCUUCACUGAUGAAGAAAAGCGCAAAUUGCUCAAGUUUGUAACAAGUUGCUCUCGACCCCCUCUCUUAGGAUUUAAGGAAUUGUAUCCUGCAUUUUGCAUUCACAAUGGAGGCUCCGACCUAGAGCGGCUUCCCACUGCCAGUACCUGCAUGAACCUGCUAAAGCUCCCUGAAUUUUAUGACGAGACACUUUUGCGAAGUAAACUUCUAUAUGCUAUUGAAUGUGCUGCUGGGUUUGAAUUGAGCUGAGCUGAAACUGAUAUUGGAUCUGACCCUCUACAGUGAUACUAACCAGUGCCUCCUUCCUAAAAGCAGCACCUCCACCAGCCCUACUAAGGAUUCUCGGGCUGGAUUUCGGCGGCUCUCCUUUCUUACAGAUGUCUUCAUAAGUUCCUUUCUUCCUUCCUUUUUUCCAUCACUCCUUCCUUCCUUCUUUAAUUUUUAAAAUGAUUUUUAUUAAGCCAUGGUCAUGUAUUUAAAUGGACACUGCUUUUCAAAUAACUUAAAAUAAAAAUGUUAUGUGCCCUGUGGCUGAUUUAGUAAUUUUGCCCAGAGCACAGUUUGAGACUAGUGGCAACUCAGUGAAAUUAACCAAAGAUGAAGCUUUGGCUUUAUGCUGAUCAAAUUGUAUACACCUUUCUGAGCUGGCAGUACACUUGGAAAAUGCAGCACAUUGCUUACUGUGUUAAGACUAGGCUACACAAUCUACAGAGAAAAUAUUUGUUGAGAUACAGGGUCCGAGAGGGUGAGAAUGCUUACUUUCAGGGACCCCCCACUGCUUCUCAUGUGCUUGAAUUGUUUACAAGCCUCAUUAUUUAAACUAAAGGCAUAUUUUUCCUGCAGCCUUUUCCAAGAUGGUUAGGCUUGGAAAAUAGAUACUGAUGGUGAUAUUUUAUUUGCGCUUUUUAAGCCGUUUCCCAAAAAAUAGGACUAGCAUGCUUAUUUUAAAUAUAACAUUGACCUGCAUCAUGAUCUGGAUAUUACUUUAUGUGGAUGUGAGACAUACACUUCAUUUUUUGUUCUAUUUCUGUCUCCACUUUGUGCCUGUAGAGCUUUGGGGGAAGGGGGACGGUCUCUAUCCAAUUCCUAAGGCAUCUAUGUUACCUACAAUAAAUAAUGAUUUGGAGGAAAAUAUACAGUGUAACAUCUAUUAAAAGUCAUUUGAACCAAAGUAGUGGGCUUUAUCUUUUCUGUCUGAAGCCUGCUGUGGUCAGGUUCUUUCCAUGAUUUCUCUCACCUUGCUUAUCACUUUGGGCUGUAUAAACCAGUUGUGCUAGAUACUAUUUGGUUAACUUACUAUGUUUUGCACCCGUCUGCUUCCUUGAGUAGUGCUGCUUUGACAAGAAGUUGGGGGGAAAGUUACUGAACAUAUUUCCAGGGAAGAAAGAAUAUUUGAUAAUUUUCUAGUUAUAAGGCACUUUAUCAAGACGUGAUUUGUGUUGCUAUGUGAUUUCAGUCAUUAAAAAUGGAAAGCAUUUCAAAGCAUAAGAUAUGAAAGCAGAGUGACCCUUUGCUAAUAUUGGGGGGAGGAGGAAUUCUCAUUCAUCUCUUAUAUGUCAAGUAUUUUACUGUCACUGGAGGCUCUGUUGGAUGUCAUAUUUAAUUGACCAUAAUUAGCAAUAUACUUUUAAAUGCAGGAAUGCUGAAUGACACUUUUAAGACAAUGACAAUUAUCAAAACAAAAUGUAUAAUUUCUUAAUUUGAAUAAUAAAGUGUUUAAAUGCUAUUUGUAGUCUUGAUAUACAGAAAUAAAAUUACUAGGGUUUUGUCUUUGGUUUUA